GAAUUACAAUUUCUCAAUUUUCUUCGAGUUCAACGUUUAAAAAUGUCUAAACAUUCUAAUUUACAGGAAACUGACAGCUCCACCUCCAGUAAGAAUGCAUCCGAAUUGUCUGACAGCUCCAAAAUCUCAUCUUCCAAAGCCAGUAAGGUAACGUUUGCGCCGAUCGAAAGGAGGCAGCUCUAUAAGAUAAUCGUGGACGACGUCGAUUAUACCCCGUACGAUAUCAUAGAUACCUCCUUUAUAUUUCUGGAAGUUGGCUACAAUCACGCAGCCUUCGACAUGAAGACCCGAGCUCGAAGUGACGUCACUCUUAAGUCGCGUACGAGCGACGUCGCUGUGACGUCGUUCUCCACAAGUAUCUCCCUUGACAACAUAUUCAUCGACCACACAAUCGACACAGAAGAAGGGCUUCUUUACGAUGAUGUUAUUUUUGAUGUCGCUCCCUCAGCAUUCGCUUUACCGAAAAUGACGUCGACUGCGUUCCCAUCGGAAAUACUGAUCGUCUUAAAAGAAACGGAGACGACUCCUCUGUUUGAACUUCCCAGCUUGUCGUGUGAAAAGGGCACACCCGAGGGCAUAGCAGUUGAACAGGACAACGAGUACUAUCAGUACAUCACAGUCGGUAAAGGCAGGAAUAGAAAAACAGUGAACGAAGAAACCCAAACCAACGCCUGCAUAACGCAAACUAGGUUUACUCUCGCAUCACGACCGCAGAAGAAAAAUGCGGCGACCUUCGCAUCGCUAUGGGAUAUGCACGACACUUAUGCGAAACUGGCUGUAGUUGAGGUGGAGGAGCCGCAAGAUGACAUGGUGCUGUACCCGACGACGGCAGCCAAGUAUUUGCGACGAAAAAGAAACGUGGACAAGGGCGAAAACGAGCACAGGGGGAAGACAUUCGAGGAGGUAUCCGGAAUGACUCAAUUCAGAGAUGCGCUGCUGUUGACAGAGAGAGUUCUCGCUAACAUGGAAUACGCAGACGCGCAGAAGAAAUUCCGAGGCCUCGUCAGCAUGAAUCCGUUGUCCUUAGACCUAGUUUACAUUUACUCCAUGGAACCGCUAUGGACACUUAAAUGCGAGGAAGCCGACGGCAGAACACUGACGUCGUUCUCUUUCAAUCCCAAGAACAAAAACAUAUUGGCAGUCGGUUAUGGAAAAUUUACUUACGCCGAAACAUGCACGGGGCUCAUUUGUGUUUGGUGCACGAAAAAUCCUCGCCGACCCGAGAGAAUUUAUAAUUUUCCAUCUCCCGUCACUUCCGUAGAUUUCUCCGAGCUCAACCCGAACUGGCUAGCGUGUGGUUUCAGUAAUGGAGACAUCGUCGUAUUGGAUGUGACCUCAUAUUCCAUCAAAAUAGUCUCUAGAAGCAAACGCGACACCAACCCUUGCUUCGAGCCGAUCUGGUCUGUGAGCUGGAGAAUAUUGGACAAGGACAGCCAAUGCCUAAUAACGACGUGUCAAGACGGCAGAAUAAAUAGAUUUACAACUACAAAAACCCACGAUUUUCUAUGUUCACCCAUGAUGAGGUUGGCGACCGUCGAGGGAAAACUUAAGGGGCUUCAAAUACCGAAGCUUUGCAUCAAGGAGGACGUUCCGAUUGUGAUGAAUCCGGGAGCGUUGUGUGUGAAAUGGCACCCGCGGAUGGAGCACAUCUAUCUCGUCGGAACCGAUGACGGUUGCGUCCACAAAUGCUCCACGCACUACAUGAACCAGCACAUGAUGGUUUUCAGGGCUCAUUCCGGGCCGAUAUACAGCAUAGACGUUUCUCCAUUCGUGAGCCACCUCAUCGCGACUUGCGGCGCAGAUGGAGCAGUUCGCUUAUGGCUGGAAGGAGUGGACGAGGUUAUCUUGACCUUGAACUGUCCAGCGGCAGUCUACGAGAUCGCCUUCUGUCCCGUUAACUCUACAAUCAUAAUCGCUGCCAGCGGCAACGUGCUGUCCAUAUGGGAUCUUCGGAGGAAGACGCAUAACGCCUGUGCAGAGUAUACCUUCCCUGGACAGGCUGUAUUGACCCGAAUAGCGUUUUCCCCUCUGGGAGAUAACGUGUUCGUGGGUGAUACGUUGGGGCGACUACACACCUUCCAUCUUGAGGAUACUCCCAUACCGCCAUUUUACCAGAGGCAGCUGCUAGAUGAAACGAUAAAGAAGGCGCUAUGUACUAGGCCUCAUUUACUGAAGCAGCUAGAAAAACUUGAACAGUUUGGUUAGAUUUCCUCAUCUUCU